AUGGCAGCAUCUAAGCAAGACCCGAUCAUUAUUGUUGGUGCCGGUGUGUUUGGCUUGAGCACCGCUUUAGAGUUGAAUCGCCGAGGGUACAAAGACAUCACGGUACUCGACCGGUACAAUCCCCCCGCGGUGGAUGGGAGCAGUGUCGAUAUCUCUCGGAUCAUCCGCAUCGACUAUGCAGACCCAGUGUAUUGCCAAAUGGCCUACGAGGCAUAUCAGGGUUGGCAGGGCGAGUACAAAGACCAUUAUUACGAAUCAGGUUUCGCUCUUCUGUCAGAGACCCCAGACAACGACUGGAUUACCAAGUCGGCAGCCACGGUGAGGGCCAAUGGCGGCACAGUUGAAGAUCUAGAUGAUGCAAAAUCUCUGCUCAAGUCAUUUCCAAACAUCCAGUCCAAACUGGACGGUAUGAACGGUUACCUGAAUCGCCGGGGAGGGUGGGCCGACGCUGCGAGCAGUAUCCAAAAACUGGCCUCACAGUGCAGCGUUGCGGGAGUUUCUAUCAUCAGUGGUCCUCGGGGCAGCGUUAGCUCGCUCCUCAAAGAGGGCUCUCGAGUGGUUGGAGUGAAUCUUGUCAAUGGAAGCUCCAUCCGUGCCCCGCACGUUAUCCUGAGUACUGGCGCUUGGACAAACCGACUCCUCAACGUCACGCAUGCUGCAACCUCAUCUGGACAGCCCGUGGGAUUCAUCCAGCUGACACAGGAAGAAGCACGAUCUUUGGACAACACGCCCGUGAUGAUCAACAUGUCUACGGGGGUCUUUGUUUUCCCACCUACACCGGGAAGCAAUAUCCUCAAGCUCGCGCGUCAUGGUUACGGAUACGCAAACGAGGUGACCCUCCAGUCAGGCGGAGUCACUCGUACCAUUUCAUCUCCAAAAUUCGACAGCAGCAAUGCCGGAACUGGAUACAUUCCUGAGGAUGCGGAUGAGGACCUUCGGAAAGGUCUCCGACAGUUCUUCCCCAAAUUCGCCGACCGACCUUGGAUGAACCGUCGCCUUUGCUGGUACACGGAUACGCCAAAGGGGGACUUCAUCAUCGACCAUCAUCCGGACUAUCAGGGUCUUUUCGUGGCCACCGGGGGCGCAGGCCACGGCUUCAAAUUCCUCCCAGUUCUGGGUAGGUAUGUUGCAGAUUGCUUUGAAAACAAGGCUUCUGCAGAAUUGCGUGAAAAGUGGCGUUUACAGCCAGCGCCUCGUGAAACGCCCGCAGACAAGGCCAUGAAAGGCGACGGAAGUCGAGCCGGGCCUCCGUUGAGGAAACUCACGCCCGGUGAGAGGGCCAAGCUAUGA